UAUAUAUAUAUAUAUAUAUACGCCGUGCGUAUAUUGCAUAAGCUCUUCGCGAGAUAGUUGACCGGAAGUGCAGAUAAACGCAUCCUUAAUCGUCGUGAUUCGCGCGAUAUGGAGAGUGGGAGAGAUAACGGUGAGGUGAACGGCGAUGUGAAGGAAACAUCAUCCUCAGUUGUUAACACGUCCAAGUCGGAGGUGUCUCGCGACGAGGGGCAGCACAUCGCCAUGGGCAAGCAGAACGGCGAGGAUCUGGACGAGGAUGCGCAGGAGCGAAUGCUCCAGGGGGACGAUAGCACCGCGAAGAUCACCGAGAAAGAUAACGUCGAGGUGAAAUUUAUCUCUGAAAAUGGCGAUGUCAAGAUCGAUAUUGAGCCGACUAAAAACGCGUUCGCAGGAAUGAGCAAAGAAGAGUUGAUGAAAUUUGUCAAUGAUCCAUUCUGGGUGAGAUUAAGAUGGGCCUUAUUCAUCUUUUUUUGGCUAUUGUGGGCAGGCAUGUUGGCCGGUGCUAUAGCUAUCAUUGUGAUGGCACCAAAAUGUUCAGCACCUGAGCCGAAAAAAGUCUGGGAAGAAAGUCCAAUUAUUCAGUUGGAUAUCUCAGAUUCUCCUAGUAAUGAUUUGAAUGGGCUGGAAUCUGUAUUAAACGACUUGAAAGAUCAACACAUCAAAGCAAUCUCUCUCUCAUCAAUAGUGAAGGAAGAUGUAAAUGGAGCAACCGAAGAUUUCAAAACCAUCAAAUCGAAAUUAGGAAAUGUUAGCGACUUAGAAAAUCUUAUCAAAGCUGCAACAGAAAAAGAUCAACAAGUCUUUUUGGAGUUGGAUCCCAACCAUUCUUCUGUAGAGCAUCCAUGGUUCAAACAAUCUGUAGAGAAGCAGGAUCCGUUUACAUCCUAUUAUGUAUGGGCUGAUGGAAUAACUAAAUCUGAUAAUGGAAAAGAAAGGCGAAGUCCUCCAAAUAACUGGCUGAGUGUAUAUGGUGAUUCUGCAUGGGAAUGGAAUGAACAAAGAGGACAAUAUUAUCUUCAUCAAUUCAAUAAGUCGCAACCAGACUUGAAUUACAGCAAUCCAGCAGUAGUGAAAGAAUUUGGAGAUAUCUUAAUUCAUUGGCUGAAAUUGGGAAUUAGCGGCUUUCGCUUAGCAAAUACAUCGUUCUUAACAGAAGAUCCACAACUUCGUGAUGAGUCUAGGAGCCUUCUUCCUGUAGAAGCGAAUAAUUAUCAAUCGCUGGUACACGUUUAUACGCGCGAUCGUCCGGAGAACGCUGCGAUAUUAACAAAAUGGCAAGAAAUAGUUCGUAACGAGACUGAUGAUAAAGGAUUAUUCGCGUUGCAAGACGAUAUUAGUGCAGAUAUCUUGCAAGUUUACAAUGAGAAAAAGACAGUAAUUGACUUACCACAAAGUUCGCAUUUUCUUACCACUGCCAACGCGAGCAUUAAUGCAACUGUAUUGCGUAAAAGUAUAUCACAGUGGGUCAACAUUGCGCAAUGGCCUGCAUGGAAUCUCAAUGGUAAACAGCAUUCUUUGAGGGAUCGUAUGCCUGGUAAUGUUGCCGACAGCAUCACGUUAAUGACGAUGCUGUUGCCGGGUACGCCAAUUCUUCGAUUAAAUGAUGUCAUGUCCGCGAAAAACGCGUUUGCAAUCUUGUCAAAUGCUCGGAAGGGUUUGACAUUCCUUCACGGGAGUACGACAUUUAGGAUAAUAAACGAAACUGUCUUCGUAUACGCGAGAAGUGGACUAAGAAGCGGUAAUCCCGGAUAUCUGGUGGCGUACCAGACAGGAGACGAGUCGGCGAUUGUAGAUCUGUCUGGAAUACCGCGAGUAUCGAAUGAAAUCAAUGUAGUUGCGUAUAGUCCCAACUACAGUCGAGAUACAGAAAUCGUGAGGACAAAGUUAAAUUCAAAUAAAGUGCCCAUAUCACCCAAGAGCACAUUGGUCUUAACAUUUGUGCCAAAGGAAUAAUCGAUAAAAUGAGUAUUUAAAAUGCAAAAACGGUCGGCUAUAUACGAUAGCGUUUUUGCUUCAACAUAUAUAAUCGGAAAAAGAAUAUAACAUGAAAAUGAUUUGUGUGCAACUAUAAUAAAACGAAUGAAAUCUUGAUAUUAUGUACUAUACUUUGAUGAAAUAAAUACAUAUAUAGCAAACAUCAAA